AUGGAAGACGGUCAUCCUCAAGGGGCUUCUUCUGAACAAGAAGAUAUCUUGGAUCUACAAACGAGUCAUCCUCAAAGGCCUCCAUAUCAACAACCAGAUAUAUCAAACUUGGAAUCGGAUGCUGAAGAUGCAAGUCCUAAGGCUCUGUGGCCGCUUUUCGUUGAAAUUCAGCCAGCGCUAAGCUCUCUUCUACGAGGUUUGGCUGAUUGGAACGCAGCAAGGACAUUACAAGAAGAGUUGGAGCACACAGAUGUAGACGAGGCAAGCUCAACGGGGGAUGUUGAAAGUGAUAGUAAUGAGAGGGCAAAAAGAUUUGAAUACCUUAACAUCUAUCUUCCCCUCUAUCAAGCUGGGCUAAAAGGUGAUUGGCAAGCUACAAAGGCCAUACUUGAGAAAUAUCCGGCUGCCGUUCAAGCUCCCAUAACAAAAGGCAAUCAAAAUAUUCUUCACAUUGCAGCUGCAUCAAAACAUGAUACGUAUGUAAAAGAAGUGCUGAAAUGGAUGAGUCCGGAUGACUUAAAAUUGAAAGACGGAUAUGGUAACACAGCCUUUUGCUUUGCUGCUGUAUCAGGAAUUGUGAAAAUUGCCGAGGAAAUGGUAAAAAUAGACAGUAAAUUGCCAUUGAUCCGUGGUAGCAACCAUCUUUUACCACUUCUCAUGGCAUCUUUGAUGGAAAAUAGAGACAUGGUGUCGUAUCUAUAUUACUCUGCAACUCCUUUUGAACAGUUGACUGCCAGCGAACGCAUUGAUCUCCUUAAUAAUAUUAUUUCCACUAAUUUGUAUGAUAUAGCAUUGGAUAUUCUGAGAAGGGAUACAACUUUAGCAACUGCCGAGGACAACAAAGGGCGUAUAGCAUUGGAAGUGUUGGCAAAGAAACCUUUUGCAAUAGACACUAGAAGUCAGAUGUCGACAUCGGAAAGAUUCUUAAACUCCUGGUACAAAGGGGUCCGGAACAAAGCUUUCAUGCAGACGUUAGCCCAUCAGUUAAUUGAAGGCCUUUGGAAAAAUAUUCAAAUAUUGCCUGACAAACAGUUCUCAAGCUUUGUUGACAAACAUUCCUCUUUACUUUUUGUUGCUGCGGAAUUAGGAAAUGUUGAAUUUCUAACCAUACUUUUACGCUCUCAUCCGGAUCUCAUAUAUGAGGUUGAUCAAGACAACAGAAGUUUAUUUCAUAUUUCUGUUUUAUAUCGGCAAGAGAGUGUAUUCAAUCUAAUAUAUGAAAUAGGUGCUCUCAAGGAUAUCAUUAUACUCUUUCAUGACAAAAAUCGUGACAACAUGCUACAUUUUGCUGGACAAUUGGCUCCAUCAAAGAGGCUAAAUAUUGUAUCAGGUGCAGCUCUUCAAAUGCAACGAGAAUUAUUAUGGUUUAAGGAGAUUGAAAAGAUUAUGCCGCCUGCAUACUUGCGUGAGAAGAAUUUGAAAGGCCAAACCCCUGAGGACAUAUUUAUAGAGACACAUAGAAAAUUACAAAGAGAUGGUGAAACGUGGAUGAAGGACACAUCAAACUAUUGCAUGCUUGUGGCAACAUUGAUUGCCACUGUAGUUUUUGCUGCAGCUUUCACUGUACCAGGUGGAAACCAACAAGAAAAUGGCACUCCUAUCUUUUUAGGAAGUUACUGGUUUAUGGUAUUUUUCAUAUCAGAUGCAAUAGCAUUCUUAUCCUCUUCGAGUUCAAUAUUAAUUUUCUUGUCAAUUCUUACAUCUCGCUACAAAGAAGAGGAUUUCCUCAAAUCAUUACCUGGAAGGUUGGUGUUUGGACUUACUACGCUCUUCAUCUCCAUAGUUGGCAUGGUGGUCGCCUUCAGUGCAACUUGCUUUUUGGUCUAUAAGAGCAAAACAAUAAGGAUUCCAAUUGUUAUAAUUGCUUUGGCUGGUGUCCCAAUUAUUCUGUUUGUUUUGCUACAUUAUGAUCUUUGGUUUGAUAUAAUCCGCUCAACAUAUUGGUCUAGAUUUCUUUUCCGGCCACGUAAACAAGGACUUUUCUAG